AUGGCCGCACAAGUCCACAUUGUCCGCCACGCGGAAUCUGUCCAUAACGUCUCUAAAGACUACACUCAACGUGAUCCGAGCCUAACACCACUCGGCCUUCAACAAGCUGCUCAGCUCGUCCACGAAUUCCCCUACUCCUCACAAGUUGCGGUAAUCAUCACCUCUCCGCUUCAACGCGCUAUUCAAACCGCCCUCGCUGCAUUUCCGCACGUGCUGGAUAAACGCUACUUUGAUCCUCACUCGGGACAAGGCAUUGAAAAUGGCUCAUUGCUCAUGAUAGACCCAGAACUACAAGAACGGAGUGCCUUCCCGUGUGAUACUGGUUCCUCUCGUGAAGUUCUAGAGGAGGCCUUCCACAUAGAUUUCAGUGAUUUGGCAGAGAACUGGCAUAUAAAGGAGGGACUGUACUCCCCAGACGACAAUGCCGUUAAUGUGAGGGCAAAAAGCAUGAGAACUCGUGUUGCUGAAGUAAUGGAUAAUUUGAAAGACAAGGAAAAGAGAGAUGUCGUGAUUGUCACACACGGAGUUUUCAUGAAAUUCUUGGUUGAAGAUCCGGAAAUUGACCUGCCAAAGGCGGGAUGGAAAAGUUACACCGUUGGAGAGAAUGGUUCUGGCAAAAUUCUUCUUCCGUUUUAG